UUGCGCGCCACUUCCGGUGGGCGGUGYUAAACGGUAGUCCAUUGCAGACGGCUAAUGAAUUUUUUGUUGUUUGAAUUUAGUCCAGGAGGCGUAGGGUUUUCUGUUCAGGACUAUUUUUUUCUUUUUCUUUGUGCAUUCACGGGAUUGUAAAAAGGUUGUUUUCAUUUGCAGGGAGUGAAGGAGAAAGACCGCAAGAAUGGGGCGACGUUCAACUUCCUCCACCAAGAGUGGGAAGUUUAUGAACCCCACUGAUCAGGCCAGAAAAGAGGCCAGGAAAAGGGAGCUUAAAAAGAACAAGAAGCAGAGGAUGAUGGUGAGAGCCGCUGUGCUGAAGAUGAAGGAUCCCAGGCAGAUCAUCAGAGACAUGGAGAAGCUGGAUGAGAUGGAGUUCAACCCAGUUCAGCAGCCUUUGCUGAAUGAGAAGGUGUUGAGGGACAAGAGGAAGAAGUUGCGUGAAACGUUUGAACGCAUUAUCCGACUGUACGAGAGGGAGAAUCCUGACAUGUACAAGGAGCUGCGCAAAUUGGAGCUCGAAUACGAAAGCAAACGAGGGCAGCUGGCACUUUAUUUUGAUUCAGUGAAGAAUGCAGAGUCAGUGGAGGUUGAUAGCAUCCCAUUACCCGACAUGCCUCACGCCCCCUCCAACAUCCACAUCCAGGACAUCCCGUUACCAGGGGCUCAGCCUCCUUCUAUACUAAAGAAGACUUCCUCUUUUGGUAAAGGACCUCUUUCAUCAUCUUCUGGACCGGGGUUAGGAACAGGAUCAGCUGUCCCACGUUUACCCCCGGGGAAGAAGCCUCCAGGACCCCCACCAGGUCCCCCACCUCCACAGAUCCUGGCGCUGUAUGGCAUUCCUUCACGACAACCUUAUGGCUCUGAAGCAGAGCCUGCUAUUCCUGGACUGGACAGGGAAGUUGCCAUGAAUUUGGGCAGAGACGAYAGCGGCAGUGAGAGCGACAGGGAUCAGGAUGACCUGGACGACAACAGCGACUCUGAAGACGACAGCGAAGAAGAGAGAGAGGAAGGAGGAGACRGUGACCAGAGAGGACGUGCGGAGCGGCAGGGUGAAGACAGAGACGAGGACAAGGACAAAAGUGAAAGACAUGCUGGUCGCAGUGUACGGUUUGCAGAUAUGCCAUCAGACGCUUCUCAUGAUGGGAAAAGAAAGAAAACAAGGGUGGUGAAGAAAGCCAAAGCCAUCACACCCCUGCAGGCCAUGAUGUUACGGAUGGCAGGUCAGUCAGUUCCUGAUGAAGAGGAAGAAGAGGUAGAGGAAGAGUGCACAGAUGAGUCAGACGUCUCAGACUCUGAGGACAGGGGCCCACCAGGGGACAGUCAGUCCCAAGUGAUGGUCACUCAGCACAUGCCCCCUCCUGCUGGGGCUGUGGGACAGCAAGGACCUCCACCUUUGCAAGGACCACCAAUGACUGGGCCUCCUCCACUGGGGCCACCGCCAGCUCCUCCUAUGAGACCUCCUGGUCCUCCCUCUGGUCCUCCUCCUGGCCCCCCACCAGGUGCUCCUCCAUUUUUGAGGCCCCCUGGGAUGCCUGGAGGACUCAGGGGCCCUAUGCCUCGUCUUCUGCCCCCUGGUCCUCCACCAGGUCGACCUCCUGGUCCCCCACCCGGCCCCCCUCCUGGUCUCCCACCAGGCCCUCCACCACGCGGACCCCCUCCCAGACUACCACCUCCAGCUCCACCAGGAAUCCCACCUCCUCCCCCAAGAGCAGGAGGCCCCCCUCGUCCUCUUGCGCCACCACUCUCCAUGUUUCCUCCCCCUCUCAACUCCAAUGUGCUGAGUGCACCUCCCAACAUUGUUCAGAGACAAAAGGCACUCGGGUCAGGCCAGGAUGGUUCACAGACCAGCAUGCCACCCCCUGCCAUGCCCAUGCGGCCAGGGGUCAUGCAGAUGCCCCCCCCACCUGGGACAGCUGCUGCAGGUGGAAAUCCCGGCAGCCACCACGCAGCCACCAUCGAAAAACGCGCCAACAUCACUUCCGUCGCAGCGGGAGGCAGCCUGGCUGCAGGCGCCGGCUCUGCAGGGGCCACCAUCUCUGCCAAGCCUCAGAUUAUCAACCCCAAGGCAGAGGUCACCCGCUUUGUGCCCACAGCACUGAGGGUGCGUAGGGACAAGAGUGGAGCGACACCAGGGGCUGCGCCAGGGCCUCUGGAGAAAGGAGGGGGCGGUGCUGGAGGAAGGCGGGGGGAUGAAGGUGCAGGAGGAGCCCACUGGCAGAAACAGCCAACAGCAGCUUCAAUGGGACAGGUCAACCCAUCCCAAAUGGGUGCUGUGUCUCAGCCCAGCAUGAAGACUAAAGACCAGGUUUAUGAAGCCUUUAUGAGGGAGAUGGAGGGACUCCUCUGAAACUCAGUGGGGGUGUUGGUAUUGUUCUACACAGCGUUUUAUUUUCUUUGGAUUUUAUGUGUGCAGAGUAGAAGUAGCUGUGUUGAGAUCAGUCAGCAAGAUUACUUUCUAUGUGGGUAAAACAGACUGUGACAUCCUCAGCAUGGUAACUUUCACCACAAUUCAUUAGAUCAUAAAUUUGAUUUGAUCGUAAAUUCAUUGGAUUGAACCAUUGUUUUAUUUUUCUCAAGACAAUUGAACACUAUGCUUAAAAGUACAUUUAUCAAUGGUAUGAUUUUUAUUUUUGGAACUUAGUUUUUUUUGUGUGUGUUUCCAACCAGUCCAGUGUCUUUUGGCCAUAAAAAAGCAGUUUUUGUAUUAGUUUUUAUUUUAGUGGUUAUUAUCUAAAUAAAGUAACAAUGACAAAACCUAAGUCUGAAACUGAACAUCAGUUAAAUAAAUAUUUUAAAACAAA